AAGGAAACUGCGUAAAUAUGAACAUGGAUACGGAUGCUGAAACUUCAGACAUAAAGGCUGCAUUGGGAUUCAGGGGGUCAAAGGAGGAGAAAAUCGUUCAACAAUUUUUUAAACAUUUAAAUGUGAUUCGUUUCAUUAACUGUGAAAUACAUAAAUGUAAUGCUGAAGAUGGAAGCCCUUUCAGCGAAGCAUAUAUCACUCUUAAAACAACGCAUGCUGCGAUGGUGAGACUGAGGAGUGGUUUUGUAACUGAACUUCCAAGCUGUGAAGCGGUGGACAUAGAGGACAUUUUAGAUACAAAUAUUCUCAAAGAAUUUCAGAAGGAUGGAGUAGAUAUCUUCGAGAAUGACCAUCACUCUGAUGUUUGUCAGUCAUUCCUGGUGUUGCUGAACUUUCUGCGUGAUAAGAAAAGUCACGAAAGAGGCAUCGGGAAACUUAUUGCCUCUGAUCCGAGCACUACAUCAAAGGAGACACAGAUUAUGACUGGAUUGGCCCAUCACCUUUUUUCCCAGUUGGUACCAAACAAAACGUAUGAGAUUGAUGAAAAUAUAAAGAAUCUCCCAAAAACUUGUUGCUGUGGCUGUAAUAGCAAUAUUUGUGGAGGAGACACUUCAAUAGGAACACGAGGAACAUGGCAUGGCAGAGUGGAUAUCAUGGUGAAUGAUACUGUUGCUGUGGCGAUUGGCAAGGAACCAACUGACAAUGGUGAGGAGGAGGAUGAAGAUGAUGAUGAAAAUGACAAUGAACCUCAAAGUAAAAGAAAAAAGGUAGAAAUGGAUCAAGAAUGUGAAAAUUGUGUGGAAUUUGAAAGCAGUAGUAAAUGUGAAAUUGAUCUCUUCAGUGGGAAUACAUUCCAGCAACUUUUAGCCAAAACCAUUACAAAUGGAUUUGCUCAAGUUAACAGGAAUAGGAGCACAUUAUCAAAUUUCCUGAUUCCAACUUUUGGAGUAACAUCAGAUCAUGUGUCUAUCUGCCUAUAUGACCCUGAAAAUGACUGCUUGUUGCACAUUGAUAAGGAAUUAAAACUAUGGACUUGGGGUGACUUCGAGCAACUAGAGCCUGUAACUAUAAUUAUCAUCUGGCUUUUCUUGAAUUUCACUGUUUUAACCAAGAAAAAUCUGGCAUCCGAGGCAAAUCUACAAAAGUCAGGAUUACACGAAGAUUUAAAAGGACAUCUGCAGUAUUACAAAGAGACAAAAGCAAAAGCAAAAUUUGUUUUACAGACAUCCGAUUCAAGUCCCUGGGAUUUGUCAUACAUACAGAUGAAACACCGAAAAAACAACUAAAUCAGGAAAUAUACUAUUACCUGUGUGUUAAGUAUAGUGUAUAUACAUGUAGCUACUGUAUAUGUGGAUAUAAGGAAACUUUAAUUUAUAUUGAAUGUUUUGUCUAGGCUAUCGAUAUUUUAAACAGUUGACAAUAUCUUGUAGUAUACUUGCAUCACAUAAAACCAAUAUGCAGUGUGCUACGUAUACCCAUUGGCUCAUCUCUGAUUGGUGUGGUUGAUUGGAGGUGGAGGAAUGUCGGAGAACCCGGAGAAAAACCACUGGCCUAUGGUCAGUACCAGGCAAUGUGGGUUUUGAACUUUUGACCCAGAGGUGAAGAGCUAAUGAUAAAGUGUCGGGACACCUUAACCACUGGGCACCACAGCUUCCUUAAGGUCACGGUAAAAGAAGUGCAGUUUUUAGCCUACCUUUCAAAUUAAAAGGGCAAGUGAGCUUAUUCCAUGGUGUGGCAUCCAGGAUCCGUCUAGUUGUACGGCUAUCACCGGACCAGCAUCAAUUUUACCAUUUAAAAAUAUUCUCAAUAACUAAAAUGCCUAGAAACCAUAUAUUGGUCCUGUAGCAUGUGGAUGUAAAAGGGCUACCAAAUUUGUUGUAAUGAAUGACCCUGACCUACGUACAUUCUAUAUAGGUCACAGGGGUCAAAUUUCAAAAUAAGCCAAUUCACAAUGCAAAGUAUUUAGAAUAAUAACCUUCUUCACAAUAUCUGAGAAACACAGAGACCUGAUAUUGGACCUGUAGCUCAAAUGAAAAACAUUGACCUAAAUUCAUAGUCACAGGAGUCAAAUAUGCAAAAAUAUUGAAAAUUACUUUGUCACAAUAAUCUAAGGAACCCAUAUGCCAGAGCCCUUAUAUUGGGCCUGUAGCAUGCAGGUGUGACAGACUAUCAAGUUUGAACUACAAUCAAGGUCACAGGGUUUUCAUUCCCUGUGACCUUGAAAGUCACUCACUUAAGGUUAUUCAUUGAACAGACUUGAUAGUUCUUCACCCAGGGAUACUACAGGUCCAAUAUAAGGUCAUUGGGCCUUGACAUUGAAUGUUGAUCAAAAUCAAGAUCAUUCAUUUUAAAUUGGUAGCCCUUCACUCCAGCAUGCCAAAUAUUGGGUCAUUGGGCCACUUUGUUAUUGAGCAGUUGAAAUAAUAUGUAUGUGCCUGAUAUGUCUUAAUGAUUUUGAUGCCAGUUGGGCAGUUGAUGAUGCCCUAAUGAAAGGACUUUGCUAGGUUGGACUUUGCUGACAUCAGUGAAAAGUCAUUAUAAUUUAUUCAUAUAUAAGUGAAAUAUACAUGUGUACUAUAAGUCUAUUGGUUGAUCAUUGGAUAUUCCUCAUGCAUAGCUUUGUAGAAUGGAAGCUUAUUGUUGCAUUUUUUCUUUCAUUUUUUUUUGUGUGGGCAGAAAGUGAUGCCCCUUGGAUAAAUAAUAAACAAAUACUGUGGCCAUUACUAUCAA